ACCAUCAUCAAAUGUACCUCCACGCUGGGCCACAAUUACUUCUAGGUACGGUUCGGCAACGGUAUUGGCCACUAGGUGGCAGAAACCUGGCGAGAAAGGUCGUCCACCAAUGUCAGCGAUGCUUUCGUGCAAAACCGUCCGCAAUGCAGCAACAAAUGGGUGAAUUACCGGCAGCUAGAGUCACCGUUUCGCGUCCUUUCUCGAAAGCUGGUGUCGAUUUCUUCGGGCCUGUGUAUCUGCGAGCUGGUCGUGGACGGACACCGACAAAGGCAUACGUCGCAAUCUUCGUGUGCAUGGCCACGAAGGCCGUGCAUAUGGAACUAGUCUCAGACCUGUCUACGGAGCGGUUUCUACAGGCGUUGAGACGUUUCUUUGCGCGCCGGGGGCGCUGCACCGAUAUUUACUCGGAUAACGGGACGAAUUUUGUGGGAGCAAGAAAUCAAAUCCGAGAGCUGUUCGAUUUGCUGAAAGAGAAGACACAUCGUGAAACUGUCGCAAAGGAAUGUGUAAACGAAGGCAUAUACUGGCACUUCAACCCUCCAAGUGCCCCACAUUUCGGGGGUUUGUGGGAGGCAGCAGUUCGAUCAGCGAAGUUCCAUCUACUACGAGUGGUCGGUAGCAAUCCUGUGCAUCAAGAGGAUUUCGUCACCUUGCUGACACAAGUGGAGGCCUGUAUGAAUUCUAGGCCAAUGACGUCACUCUCAGAUGAUCCUCUAGACUUGGAGCCGUUGACGCCGGCACACUUUCUGGUUGGAGGAUCUCUGUUAUCCAUGCCUGAUCCUGAUCUCAGCGACGUCCAGCUUAAUCGUUUGACACGAUUCCAACUUGUACAGCGGCAGCUUCAGGAUUUCUGGAGACGCUGGCGACGCGAAUAUUUGUCCCAGCUUCAGGCCCGAUCAAAACAUUGGCAACCAGCAGUUGAUGUUCAAGUUGGAAGAUUGGUUGUAGUAGGUGAGUCGAAUCAGCCACCUACACAGUGGAAGAUGGGUCGGAUUCAGGAGAUGCACCCGGGCGAAGAUGGAGUCACUCGAGUGGUUACAGUGCGAACAUCUACUGGCAGUUUAAAACGACCGUUGGUCAAGCUCUGUUUGUUACCAAUGCAGGAUCAGGAUAAAUAAGGUUGAUUUCGUAGAUUCCGUCCAGUGCAUCGAGAGGAGGUUUCUUUAUUUUCAGAAGUUUCCCGGCAACUUCAGGGUGGGUGAGGAUGUCUACGAACGACACCGUACGGACGCAGCCAACGGCUGGACAUACUCGCCGCGUUCAGGCAAUCCGAAGUCGUAUUUGCGCUACUCUUUCUGCUGCUGCCGUAGUAGUGAACCGCUUCACAUGGACGUGGACAACGGUACGGUCCACUACCACAACGGAGUGGAUGGUCAUCGACGGUCAGCGAGAGCAGAGAGGAUUUGAGUAGUUUAGUUGACAUAGAUCCGUCGUCGCGAACAGCCGCAAGGGGCGAACCCUUGCCCGUCUUUGAUUGUAGAAUUAAGUAAUAAAUGUUUAGCUGUAGUGAAUAAAUGUUAUGUCGUUUUAAUGUAAUAAAUAGUGUUUUUGUGAACUUGGUGUUGUUACUGCAUGCGAGGAAGAAGAUCUACCGAUGACCAAGGACUGAGGAACGAAGGAUACGGGCCAGGAUAACGAAGGGAACACGGAUCUGUACGACUGGAUAGGAUCAAGAAAUUUGGAGCAAAAUGCAGAGCACCGAAACAGUUUCCUAGAUCUGGCGGACCCUCAAGAGGAACAGCAAAAGCAACCCCUGCUGGAAGCAACCACCGACGGAAUUCCGUUCAUCGAUGUUUGCGAUACUGAUGCCGUGGAAGUUCCAAAAACGCCGAUGGCACCUGACAAAGAUAAAGAGAAGGAAAAAGAAGCCAACGGUGAUUCCAAUCCCACCGGAAAUUCACUAGCAGUCCCAUUCGAUCGCUCUACGGCACUGCGCAAGUCCUGGGAAGGCUUCAAAGAUAUCAUGGGCUCGGCCCGAAGAACCAAAGAGCUUCAGAAGGAAACGGAAAAGAUCCAACUGUCGGCCGAUUCUAGUCUCGACGUAGUGAUGAAGGAAAUCCUCCGCCAGAAACAGAUACGAACUUCUGCCUGGGUGGAUACCAACAAAGGUCGCGGCCACCAGAUUACGUUUUCCAUAGAGUCUGGUCCCCGGUGCGACGAUGUGAUAUAUCUGCUGUGUUCCUGGGGCAUCGGUGAACGGUACGGUUCAACGAUUUCCAUCGCUUCGUGUACGCUGUUCACCGAACAACUCCAGGAUGAGGAGGAUGAAAAACAGGCCAACAACAAAGCCAGCGCCUGGAACAGUUUUCUCACCUCGGCUCGUGCGCAACUCAACGUGGCAUCGAUCGUCGACAGCGUCAAGAACGGGGCAGUAAUCACGUUUGAUUAUGUUACCAUGCUGAUUACGGCUGCUAUCAUUGCUGCAUUUGGUCUGAUCGAAGAUAGCAGCGUGAAUCUGAUUGCCAGUAUGCUGGUGUCGCCGUUGAUGGGUCCAAUCCUGGCGGCAGUGUUCGGAACUGUUAUCAAAGAUAGGAGCCUGCAAAUGCUGGGAAUUCGAAACGAAACAAUUGCCAUCGGGCUCGUUUUGUUGAGUGGAUUCUUCUUCGGUCUGAUCAUCAGCAGUACGGACGAAAAGUGGGGCCUCGGCGAGGGCGUAACGGCCGAAAUGCUUGCCCGUUGUCAGACUCAUUCGCUCAAGCUGGGUAUAGCCAUUGCGUUGCCAUCGGGGGCUGCCGUAGCCGUGGCCAUUCUCGCCGAAAACGGUGGCGGACUGGUGGGUGUAGCCAUUUCGGCUUCCCUGCUGCCGCCUUCGGUUAAUGCUGGUAUUCUGUGGUCACUUUCGCUGUUGAGCUCGAUCUACGGAAAGGCACCGGACCAACGUUAUGCUACCGUGACACAAACGAACCUCUACUCGGACACUCAAUCAGUAGAGCUAUUCUGUCUUGGUUGUAUGAGCUUCUGUCUUACUCUGGUGAACGUGUGCUGCAUUUACAUCAUGGGCAUCUUUAUUCUUUGGAUCAAAGAAGUGGCUCCGAUUAUUCCGAAGGAUCAGAAACAAUUCUGGAACCACGACAUCAAGAUUGCCCGGGACUACAAUAAAACGAUGCACACCAUGGACGGAAUGACGAUGAAUAGGCAAUUGCUUCAGGAGCUGUCUCAUUUCCGUCCGCACGGCGAAACCGAUAAGCAGGGCUCCGAACGGUGGCUUAACACCAUUGGUCGCGCUGGUCAGAAUACCUGGUCCCCGAGACACAUGCACAAUACGCGGGAACAUCGGCCCACGAUCCAGGAGCUAGAAGCCCUCUAUCUUAGUCUGUCCGCAAACACUGCAGACAACACGAGCCACUAUCCCGGUCACCACACGGCUCACCAAUUCAUGAAAAUCCCAUCGUCAUACCUACGUUCAUCAAAGCCAUGGUCUCCGCCCAAGUUCUCCUCUGCAGAAGGGGAGCCUCUGUCACCGGGAGGGCAUACAACCCGUACCAAACCCAUGGAUAUUGGGUUCCGACGGCACCAUCGGUUCUCCGACUCGUUCCGAGCCAGUUCGGCACCGCUGUCGAAAAUUCUGGAAAAUGUUGCAUCCGCAGCCCACGGGGGAGCCGGCGAGGGCCCGUCCAAUCGGCACAGUCAGAAGCACAAGAACAAAUUCACCGUCACCCCGGCAGUCGAUCCCAUCCACAAGUGAUGCGGAAUGCUCAAAUGCGAAUCUUAAACAGCAAGACUCGUCCUCGCGUUGUAAAAAUAUAUCGGUAUAGUAUUUUACUCACUGUUUACUGUUUUUUUUUUGUAUUAGUUCAUGAAGAUGUGUUUCGUUAGAAUCAAUAAGUUUGAAGCCGAAAUGAAAGCAACUAAUUAAAUUAAUUGUCAUGCUUUCCGAAUAAAGUACAAGUUAGCGAAAAUA